AUGGAUCUCUUCCGUCGACUGCAUCAGAACUCGUAUCCGCCCCGGCCGCCAUUAGGCAAUUCCCAAGAGCCGCGCGAUGAUCGUGCUCGCCAGUCCAGCGGUCUCUCACCCGCCGAUGACCCUCGCCGUCGCACCGACAGCGACAAGCCCCGACCGGCCAGUCGCUACGAGUAUCCGGCUACUUCAUCAGAUCUAUACUCACCGGGUGCAUCAAGGGCGUCGCAAGGGGUCCGGGGGAGAAUGCUGGGGCGGCGAUUUCUCCGCCGCGGAACCAGCAUGCACACCAGCAUCGGCGGAAUGCCAGCCUCGAAACGCGGCAGCACGCACACACGCAUCGCCGAAAUCACUCCCAACCGCAGGGAGCUCCUUAUCGAGAAGAUGAACCACCCGCCUUCUGGCUUUGGGCGCAGGGCGUCCCAAGGCAGCAGUGGGAGUCCCGUGUACUCCGGACCUCAAGAACACUCUGCGCCGCCAGCCUUUGGUAACCGCCAAAUGCCUCCUCCCUCUCCUCCACACUCCUACGGCGCCCGAUCACAGUCGACCAACGCGCCCGCCUCAUCCCUACUUUCCCGCGACGCGCCCAGUGCCCCGUCCCAUCGUCCCGGCAGCAGCAUGUCCAUCUCUGCCAUGCUAGGAUCGGACUCAGAACGCCCGGCGCGAGAUAUUGGAUCAUCACUUUUUUCGCGUCCCCCGGGGUCGUCGAUCUUCGGUAAUGCGCCUUUGUCCGCCUCUGCCGCCAUGUCACCACCCACGGGCCCAUCUCGACCAUCACCACUAGACCAGUCGGCAUUCCGUCGAUCACAUACCCCCGAGAAGUCGUUCUCCAGGCCGUCGAUUGGCCGGCCAUACCGGUCUGGGUCUGGUGGUGGGUCAAGUCUACUUGGAGGUGUCGAGCAGGCUAAAUUCGGCGGCCUGUCACGCGCACCACUCUCUCAAUACCCCGAAAAGCCGCAUUCCACAAAUCCGUCCCCUCAGAUCUCCGCUGCCGAACCGCCCUACAAUGAGCCCCGUCGCAUGAGUUUCAGCGGGCCCAUCGCUCGGCCUAAUAGCCAGCCUCCGAACGCCGAUCCUUCAACGCGUCCAUCCGGUUAUAGUCCUCUCUCCCGCCCAUCCGGUGCUGGUCCCGACCGAUACGAGCCUGGGCAACGUGCUAGUUCUUCAUCGUAUGGCGCUCUCGAGCCCCAGAGUCGGGAAACGCAUGGUCGCUUCAGUAGUAUCUUUGGGGAUCGCCGCUCGGAAGAAAAUGCGCUGAGAGAGCGGGAACGAGAGCGGGAACGAGAGCGUGAAAGAGAGCGUGAAAGAGAGCGUGAAAGAGAGCGGGAGCGAGAGCGCACCCUUCUUCGGUUGGAUACAAAGGGCCCGCUUGGCACGUCAACAAGAUUCGGGUCGUUGUACGGCGAACGGGAACCGCUUGAACGGCACACGACCGCGUCGUCGGCGUGGGAUCACGGUCGCUCGCAUCCAUCAUCCCCCGAGACGAAACGCUUCCCGGCACCUGAUACGGGAUCAGGCUUUGGAUUCGGUGCCAUCCAGAGUUAUACCAAGUCUCUGGGAUCUCAGCCUGGAGGUGGUCGGCAGCCUUCACUGUCACUGCAAACCGGCCACGGUCAGGUCUCGCCCACACAACGCGAGUCGCCCUAUCUCAGCAAGUCCCAGCAACAACCUCCACGUUUGGGCUCGACUCCUGUAACAGCCUCUUCCACGACAGCUCCCUCCCUUGGACUGUCUGCAGUCGAGGAGCCGGAACGGCGCAAAGGCAGUGAUGAGCUGCUUCACCACCGGAAUCUACUGGCAGUGGGCGUCGAUGGCAAACGCGGUGGCCGGGCUUCUCCACUGCCCCAGGCUGUUCAGGGUGCCCAAGCUCCAUUCAUUGGUCCUUCAGGAGAACCGGGGAUCAAAAAUGAGCUGGGCCGGGUGUUCUCUGGAAUCGGCAGUGGUGUUGGGGGUGUCACUGCUGGGUCAUCGGGUAGUGGCCCGUCAACACCGCUGAUUGCCAGUCCAUUUAAGCGCGAUAGUCUCACUGGUCGCUCGAUAAAUGGGGAUGCCGACGAGGCCAAAGUUACUCGACCAGCAUCGGCGACUGGCCAACGGCGAUCUAGAAAGUCACGCGAUGAGGAUGUUCCUAUGGACGAUGGUGGUGCCGGGCUCUCCAGCCGUGGUCGUCGGUCUCGACAUGUGCACCAUCACCAUCACCAUCACCACCAUCACCGCCACAAGGCCGAUGACGAAGCUGCUACUCUGAGCGGUCUGCAUCGGCCUACGCCUUCGAACUUGUUAGGUCGAACAUCUACUCCCGCUGAGGCCCCAGCCGGUCACCAUCACCAUCAUCACCACCACCACCAUCACGCACCUCGACCCACCGCCCCUGUUGCCGCAUCCCCCAUCCGGGAACCCCGUACCACUGUGAAUCUCGAACCUCUCUUGUCAAGUGUGGCGCACUUGCCGCGUUACCACCUGGGGUCCACCCUGUAUACCCCCCACAUCGGCGCUCCCGGUGCCAAAGCGUCCUUGGAAAGCGCCAAGUUUGGCUACACGACAACCCCGCAACCCCUUCCCCGGUUUGAACAGCGGGAGAAUUGCACUUUCACCGUUCGCGUCCCCCGUUUCCGUAUCGGUGCGGCUCGGCGUGAAGAGAUCUGUGCGCGACGAGCGUUGUGGGGCACAGGCGUCUAUACGGAUGACUCCGACCCCGUUGCCGCUGCCAUCCACUCGGGAUACAUCCGAGGUGCCUGGGGAGAGGAUGUGGAUGAAUCCAUGCUGGAUCUGGAAAUCAAGGACACCUACCAGCAUGCCCCGCAGCCUACAGCGGAAGACCGCGCGAAUGGAUCGAAGGGGGAGAAGGAGGCUCGCAAGCCCCGACUCCCGCCCGUUCCUCCUGCCGACAAGGACCUGCACAUUACCCUUUUGAUCCUGCCCCGUGUGGACCAGUAUGAAUCGACAGUGAUGUUUGGCCUCAAGUCCCGCAAAUGGACAGGUCGUCACGACGGGGUAAGCUUCAAGGUCCACCGGGUGGAAUGGGUGGAUGACGGGGUCGGGCGCGGGGAAGAGCGAAGCGGCGAGGCCCGACGCAAGCGCCUGCGUACGUUGAUGCAGACGGGCCGCAUCUGCACGGGGCCCGCGAUGGCCAGGAUGGACGAGCUUCGUGAGCGCGGAGUGCAAGUUCCCCGUUCUCUGGAGGGCCAGGAGCAGCCUACGCCUGUCCAGCCGGUCUCCUAA